CUAUCAAUUGGAACACCUUGACUUUAAAGGUCAGCAAGGGUUAGCAUGGGGAAUCUCCAGUCUAGAGAGUUUAGAAAAUCUAGUGGAAAAGGAAGAGACUCAGAGAAUGACAACAAUAAAUGUAACCAGAGAAAAUUUUCAGAAGGAUGUGACCUCAGCUUUAAUUAAAUGUGCUGAAAAUGUGAAGGUCCUUGUUCCCUGGGUGCAUUGUGAAUGGUCGAAAAAAACAUUGGAAAUUAUAGAUAAGCUACCCAAGUCAGGUUUUACAGACCAGAAAUCACUAUUUCACCAAACAGAUGUGGAGGCUAAAGCUCAGGGAUAUACCAAGUACUCCUAUCAAAAAUUAGGGAAGGUUCUCAAUCUGCUGCACUACUGGGGAAAUGGUCUGUAUUUGUGGCAUCAGCGAAAGAGUUUGUGUGCCACAGACCUAAUGACUUAUGAAAGUCUGUUGGUCAAAUUCCUGACUACAACACCUCCUGACAAGGUCAGGGUCACCUCCAUAGGUCACAGUGUUCCAUGCUGGAAGGUCAAUUCAUUUGAGGCUUUUAUUCAAGCAGAAAAACUUCAUGGAGAGGCUUUGAAAGCUGCAGAUAUUUUUAAAAGACAAGGCUUGCUUAUAAAACUGAGUCCACUUUUGUUUGAAAAAAGCCAAGAUGGAGAUUCUGUGUAUGUAAGGAUGUCAGAUAUCCCAGAGAGUCACAGCAUGUUGCAAAGUUUAUGGCCCGAGCCUUGCCCUCAGCAGAGGAUUAUACAAACAAACAGAUGCUACAACUUCCUACCCACAAUUCCUGACGGCUUUAUGUCAAAACUUUUAAGGUCAGUGUUGAAAGUGUUCCAGCCCUUGUGUAUCUGGCGCACUGGUUUCUUGAUUAGACAGGGUCCAGUGGACAUCAGAGCCUCUCUACACAGAUACAAGGGUGACGCAAGACUUGACAAGACUCCAGUGCUGGUUGUAUCUGCUAGGGCUGUUGACAUCAGGCAGAAGAAAAGUUCCAGCAUCAUCGACUCCUCGCAGGAGGCUCGCAGUACCAUGUUUGCUGCUCUCAGACAAGUCCUGCUAGUAGUGGACAGUGUGGUGCAGAAAAUGAAACUUUAUGGAUUUGUGACACUAGUUUGUCCAGAGUGCUCAGAAUCAAACACAGAGAAAAUGAUUGACGUCACGAAGACAUGGCACCUGCCUUACUACAUUGGCUUGAUAUCCAGCAGACACAAGCACUGCAAGAGUCAUCCAAAGAUUGACCACAACUAUUUGUGUGAGCCCCAGACUGAGCAAGGAGGUUGGUCACAAUUCUUCUUGGUACAUUCAUAA